GUGUUACGGUUGUCGUAGAUCUCGCUUCUUUAGUUUUGCGUUUGUUGAUAAUGACCAACUGUCUAUUAUUCCAUCGCAAACUGGAGUUAAAACACCAACACACCUUGUUUAACAAAAACCAAUCAAAUCAAUUUAUAAACAAAGCUUAGGAUUAUUGUUUUUUCUCUACAUGACUGACGAACCUGAGAAAGUUUUCAAUCCUAUAGUUGCAUCAACUGAUGAACAAAAUGACCAGCUAACAAUUGAGGAUGUGGAUCAAUUACAACAUGAAGCAAGUGAAGAUAGUACAGGCAGUGAAGAUUUGAGAUUAUUUUUAAAGGAAUUACAUGAAAAAGUAAAAGAAGACCACCAUCAUCACAACCAACAGCAACAAAUUCAACAAUCUCAUGUUAUCCCUUCAACAGGACAUUUACAACCAGCUUGUGUGAUUAAUCCUGGUGAGUUAUCAGUCAUUGGUGGUGGUGGUGGAUCAUCAACAGCCGUGGCAUCUUAUCAUUCAUCACAAUAUAAUUUGAAAACGAAUCAGCUGAUACAAUAUCAAACACCUGGUCAAGUAACGACUACUGUCGAUCAACAUUAUCAUACGUCUAUAGGAGAAUUGAAUGCACACGAUGUUGUAUCUGACGGUGGUUGGGGUUGGUUUGUUGUGCUCGGUUCAUUUUGUUGUAUGGUACUAGUUGAUGGAAUAUGUUUCACUUAUGGUCUAUUAAUAAAUCCAGUCUGUCCAUAUUCUAAUUUACGUGUACUAUCAUCAUCACCAAAUGAACGGAAAUUCAAUGAAAGUGGUCCAAUUAAAUACCCUCGUAAUGAUCGUAUUAUCCAACCAAUCAUUGGCAGUUGUAUACCAAUUUCAGAAUUAGGUGAAGAUUUUCAAAUACAACAACGUUCGAUUUUAUUAACUCCUGGUGGUCUAAUAGUUGGUCUAUAUCUAUUUCUUGGUCCACUCGUUAGUGCGUUGAGCAAUCAAUUCGAUUUUCGCCCGGUGGCUAUGAUUGGUGCAAUUAUUACUACAAUUGCAUUGUUAAGCAGUGCUUUUGUAACAACCAUUGAAUUGUUUACAUUGACAUUUGGACUUCUUGGUGGUAUUGGCCUAUCAUUUAUCUAUUUACCGGCUAUAGCUACCGUUGGACAUUGGUUUCAACAGAAACGUCCACUAGCUGUUGGCCUAGCCUUAUGUGGCAGUGGUAUGGGUUGUUUAGUCGGUGGUCAAGCAAUUCCACGUUUAGUUUUAUUAUUCACAUGGCGUGGGACAUUGAUUUUAUUGGCUGCAAUUUGUUUUCAAUGUCUUACACUUAUUUUAUUAUUUCGCCCAUGGGAUGUACACUUUCAGAUAACUCAAGCACAACAAGCCAAACGUUUAGCACGUGAAGCUGCUCGUCGUGCAGCAGCACUACGUCGUGCUGAAGCAGAACGUGUUCUACUAGAAGCUCGACGACGUAAAUAUCUGGCAGCACUAGAGGCAGCCGCUACAGCUCAUACCGUCGGUGUAAAAAAACAUUCUAAUACAGCUCCUGUUGUAAUGACUAAUGAUAUUAACGGCAAUAAACUAGGUUUUCAAUGUCAACCAGGUGAAUAUCGUUCAAAAUCAAAUGACAGCGGUAGUGGUGGAGCCGUUGGGGUUGGUGGCGGUAGAAGAAGCUCUACACAGUACAAUCGUAUUCAUGAUACUAAUCAAAUAAGAAAUGGACGUCAGAAUAAACAUUUUAUUUUUAAUUCACAUAAUCGAACACAACAAAAUCCUGGUGUAAUGAAUACACGAUCAAAUGCAGUAACCGGUAAUCGUUCAGUUAAUCAUCAAAAUCAAGGAUCUAGUAGAACGGCUAAUCGUAAAAGGACACCUAGUCGUCGUGUCAUUGUUUAUCGUGGAUCAAUAAUGCAACGUAUUAUUGAAGAGAAAAGACGUCAACGUACUAUAUCUGUUGGCAGUUUAGAUGGUAUGGUUAUAACAAGAGAUAAUGAAUUAAUAGCUGCAUCGAAAAUAAUUAAUCAAGAUAAAUCAUUAUGUGAUCCUACUACAAUACAAAGAAUAUCUGAGAAUGUUACACGUAAAAUUGAAGCAAAAUUAAGUAAUACUAUUGCACCGAAAUUAUCAGUUGUCAAUGGCGUUAAUGUCAAUAAUAAUAUGAAUAAUAAUAAUACCGGUGUUGUACCUACAUCAGGCGGGAUGUCAACACUUGGCAGUCGAACUGGUUUACGUGUGAGUUUACCUCAACUUGUACAAGAAUACAUACAAUCUCAAGUAUCUCUUACCUUACAACAACAGCAGUCUAAAUUGUCGUCUGUAGCGAAUCUCAUCAAUAAUAGUAGUAUUAAUUAUGGUAAUGACCAGUCAACACCAGUGGAUACCUUUGUUCGUUCACCGUCAGUUAUGUCGAAAUUGAGUGCCGUGAAUAUUCCCAAUUAUGAUACUGCCACUGUUCAAUUGGCAUCUGGAGAAAAUCCAGUGUAUUUAGAUGGUGGUGGAUUCACAGGAUCUAGAAAUGUGCCCAUACCUUCUGAUAAUAAUCAAAUGAUUUCUGUCAAUACAUCGAAUUCAACGGCUUUUCUAAGCGGUACUACUAACCCACCACUACCAUCAACAACAGGACGUGAUCCCGCUCAAACAAGGAUACAUCCGAUUCGUUCUGUUUCUGAGACUGUUAGUUUAAAACGUACUACAUCCGAGGCUAGUUUAACUUCUCAUUUUACAUCAAUCGGUGUUGUAGAUCCGCAUAAUAAUAAUAGUAAUAAUGCUGGCGCUGACUUAUUAGAUGAUGAAAUGAAAGCUGAUAUUCAAUUACUUAUUCGUAAAGAAAUGUCAAGACCACAAUAUAAAAAAGAUUUCUUUUAUAUUGGUCCAGUUCGUCAAGUUGUUGACUCAUCAGCGUUAUCAUCAAAACAAUUACCAAUCAAUCAUAAAUUUAGUAUUAAUUUACCAAUAUUACCAGCGACAGUUGUAGAUAAUCGACCGAAUCGUUCAUCAACUACAGCAUUUCGUUUACCGUCAACGAUUAUACAUCCGGAUGUUAAACAACAACCAGAGCAUUGUAGUCAGACAAAUUUAAGUAUUGCUAAUUCAAGUAAUUUGUUUACUAAUCAAUUUAUCCCACCAGCUCCAUGCCCAUCUAUUCCGCUAAACAAUCAACAAUCUAUUGUACAUAAUGUUCCUUUGAGUGGCCUACCUCAACUCUCUAUUCCAUUGGGUAGCAAUAUAAAUCAGCAUGGAGCAAAUAUAAAUUCAGAUAGAAUUGAUUCUAUAGGAUACGUAAAUAAUACAGAGAAUUUAGAAAGUUCUGCAGCUCCUGUAUCUAAUCAACUUGGUCUUAGUGAAAAGAUUGACUAUGAUGGAAGCACAAUAACCAAUGCUGGUUUACAACGUCAACAACUACAAGAAGAACUCAUAGAUUACGGAGUGGAUAUUGGUGAUGAUGGUGAUGUUGGUGUUGUUGAAUUAGGAUUAGACGAUAUUGAUAUUGAAGAAGAGGAUGAUAAUCGUGAUACAAUUCUGAUUAAUGAUGACGAGGAAGCUGUCUAUACACGUUGUCCAAAAUGUUUUGAUAAUUGUAUCAGAUUAUUUGGUAGUGCACUAUUCUGUUGUUCGACAUAUAGUCCAAUUGGUAUAUUUAUGCAAGAUUUAUUAUCACCGAAAUUGUUGUCCAAUAUUACAUUCUUAUUUUUUCUUUUCUCAAGUAUGAUGGCUAUGCUUGGAUUGGUUGUCCCUUUCUUAAUGUUACCUGAUCUGUUAGCAGAAGUGAAUUGGAAACUUGAGGAUUCUGGUUUUAUCAUUUCGUCAAUUGGUGCAGGAAAUACAUUUGGACGUUUAUUUGCCACCUUCUACAUUGAAAAAGCUUGGUCUACAACUUAUAAAUGGGCUGAUUCAUUAUGGAUGAAUAAUAUCUCUUUAUUGUUAACUAGUGUAACUGUGUUUAUACUCCCGAUUGUAAGACGAUAUUAUGCAGCUUUAGUUUUAAUCUCUUGUGGUUUUGGACUUUUUUCAGCUGUAUUCGUAUCGUUGAAAAGUAUUCUAGUCGUGGAAUUGAUCGGUAUUGAUCGUUUGACUAAUGCAUUUGGCUACUUACUUUUAUUUCAAGGCUUUGCAGCCGCUGUCGGUCCGCCAAUGGCUGAGUUCUUAUCUGGUAUAUAAGAAAGACAAUGUAGUAAGAAGUGAUUAUUUCCUCUUAUUUCAUUUUUGAUCUGAUAAUAUUGGUUUUUAUAUAGUAUUAUGUAAUAUAUCGAUUUAUUAUUCAUUUUCUCAUUAACAUCAUCACCUUCUUUGUUGACAAUGAUGUCUACAUUUAAAUUUCAAUGUUAUUUCUUUAAUGAAUAAGUUUUACUCUAACUUUCACUAAAGUUUUAAUGAUUAAAUCGAGAUAUAGUUGUAUCACUUUUUUAUAAUCAAUAAAUGAUGUCACAAUACGUAGAAUAAAUUCAAGUAUGUCUCAGUGAAAGUUUUUUCGCGAUGGUUGACGUUUACCGCGUAAGAGUACCCGAUCGAAAGACUUUUUUGUUUCAUUGAAUGAUCGAAAAAAACAACAACUGAGGAUAUGAUCAGAAAGCUCAUUAAAUGAGAGUGUUUUAGCACGCGUGAUAUUCAUACUCACUGGUUUUAUGUAUCGCAGUUACCAGGUAAUCAUGGAUCGGAUUUGGGAAUAUGCAUAAAUUGGAAAUGAUUCUAUAUUUCAUCUUCUGUUUGUAGAUCAGAUGUCUAAAGAAUUAUUAGCUAUUUAUCUUGGGCACCUUACUGUCAUUUUAUACUUGUAUAUUCAAUGGUAUUAUUUCAUCAUAGGAUAUAAAAUGUUUUGCUUAUGGUCAUAUCUCACACUUCAAUCAACUUAUCUAAUAUUCCAGGUUUUCAAAAAGCAAUCAUUUCCAUUAAAUAUGUCUAGACAGUUGAAAUUACGAGUCGAUCUAAGCUAGACCAUUAUUGCAAAUGUGGAGGCACUAGACGCCCUUUUCAUCCCAGUAUAGGACUCCUCAGCUGUCCACACAUACACAAGACCAUUUGUCUCACGCGCCAAAGAUUGACCUCUAGACCACUGAGCCGAUAUCCAAAAAUGUAAAUACCUAACGUCGAUCCAUCCGUUAAUGAUACAUUUUGAUUAAGUUAAUUAGAUAGUUACGGAUGAUUAGUGAAAAUAAGAACUAUAGUUUAAAAGAAAAAUUCAGCAUUUUGAACUACUACUCACUUAGUUUGAUUGUAAGGGUUUCAAUUGUCGUGUUGUUUUUAUUAAAGACUAAACUUGGUAGGUACAUUUGGCUAACGAGUCUAAGAUAAAAUGAAAUUCACAUCUUAGGUUCCACUGUUAGCCAAUAUGUAACUUUUCUUAAACACUACUAACUUAUGUACAAUAAUUCCCUUCUUUAUUUCUAAGAACGAAUAAUGAAUCAAAUAGAAAUGUCAUUCAUUCUAAAUUAAUUUUCCAUGAUUGUUUCGAUAUAAAUUAUUUUAGAUUUUGUCUGUUUAGAGAUCGUUUUCUGUUCUCAUACGCAUACACAGAUAUUAUUGUGUGUGUGUGUGUUUGAUUAUUGAGCACUUUUCUCAGUUUUUUUUCCGAUUGUUCUCUCAUUCUGUAAUUCAAUUUAAAUGAUUCGAAGUAGGAAACACUCCUUUUUUUAUGUCAAUAAAUAAUGUUGUAAUUUACUGAAAUCAAAUUUUAUUUCAUUAUCAUCUAUUUCUGUGAUAAUGCAUGUUGUCUACUCAUCCUCAUCAUUCUUCUCCUUCAUCGCAUUGCCAUUUUUGUGCCUUAAUAAAACUAAUCCUACUUAUAAGUAGCAUAGAGAAGAAUGUGAUAGUUUCACGUUUUCCGAUUGAAUUUUUUCGCUCACUUCUUGAUAUUGUUUUUUUUGUACUUAUUUUUUAUCCUCUAGGUUAUUUAAGAGAUUUACAAAUAGAUAAAACAUCACCAUUCAGUAUUUCUACAGUGCAUAAUGCACCAUCGCAUAACGCAUCAUCUAUGGCUUUUAUAUUUUCUGCUUUUGCUUUGUUUAUCUCUUGUCUUCUUGGCUGUCCUUUACGUUGGUUAUCAAAAAGAGGAUUUUCCAAUAAGCCAAAAUCAUACAGUCCUAUUGAGUUAAUGCCAAAUCAUGUGGAUCAUACAAAUUAUAGUUAUGAAUAUAAUACCAUUUCACCGACUUUGCCGACGACUGAUCAUGAAUAUUAUAUACAGCAACAACAACUGGGUAAUAUAGUCAGUGAAUAUCAAUCCAUAGACGUAAAUUGUAUGGCACCAGUUGAUCCGACAUCUACUAGCAGACGUGUUGACGUCACUGACAGUCAUUAUGCGGUAAACCAACCGACGGUAGCACCAUCUUCAACUUCAUUGACAGUGAUCGAUGCCUUUAAGUCACAGAAUUCAACCACUGAUCAAUUAUCACCAUCUAUUAUUCCUCAAUCUUCUGUAAAUUGUUUACCGAUAUCGUCCGGUCAUCAUAUGAUUUUCUCAACAGAGCCAACAUCUACAUUAGCUGCCAGUAGUGUUGUCACUGGAUUGUUGGAUAGUAAGACAUUAGAUACUACUGCUAAUACUACUGGUACAACAAUACCUAUGACAGAUGAGUCUGUUUCUUUGGUCAAUGUCGGUGGUUUAAAAUUGCCCGCUGCUGUUAUUCCUGCAUCUGUAGUCAGUGGUGGUGGUACGGUUCCCACUCCAGUAGUAUCAUUAUCACUUCCAGCUCAAUCUGUUGAAGUUUUAGAGGUCAAAGAAGAUCCUGGUUUAGAACCAGUUGUUGAAGAAGAAGAAGAAGAUUAUGAAGAUGAUGAACAAGAUGUCGAUCAAUAUACAAGAGUAAAUCAAUUGGAAUCUGGUACAUUAUUAUUGACAGAACCUAGUACCAAUAUUGAUAGUAGUAUACCAACAUCAGAAUCAAGCUUUAAUCAAGAUACUACUGGUGAUUCAAUAACAACUAAUAGUUCUUCAUCUUCAUCUCUACGUAAUAUCAAUUCGCGCAAAGAUGGCAUAAAGCAUAAACGUCGUCGAACUUCUAAACCAUUUGAAUUAAAUACGACAAUUGUUGAGGAUAAGUUUACUGUAGAUGUAAUCAAUGAUGUUAAUGUUGAUGAGGAUACUAAUAAUGUGCAAAUAAUUCCUGAUACUACUACGACGACGAUUACCACUACUUCUACUAGCACUACUAUUACUACUACUACUUCUGACACUGGUACUACAAACAGCACAACACCAACUACAAAUGAAGAUAACAAUGAUGCUAAUGCUGAUCACACUUUUGGUAGCGUUGGUGAUAAUAGUAAUAAUAAUAACUGUAAAGAAGAUACUAACUGAGAACGAACUAAUCAUAACGAUAACAACACUAAUUAAACUAUUUUUAUCUGCUAAAUCUGAUCCAAGAUUUUCUACUCUCUACUAUUUUAUUCCAUAGUACAUGUAUGUAUAUUUAUGUGUUUGUCUAUGUCAAAUAAUAAUCAUCUCUGUGUUGUCUGUUACUUCGAACUAUAAAUAAAUAUGCAUAACUAGUCGAAUAUUCUAUUCAAAAGUAUCACACUUUUAUUUUUCUACUUCUAUCCCACUAUUCCCAACCUACUCUUAUAUGUGUACUUGCUGAAUUCGCUAUUCUACCAACAAUAAUCACUUAAAUUUCUUUGAGAUAUACGACAACAUCAAUGUAUUAUGUAUUGAGUUUUCUUCCUUUGAAAUCUGUAUCAUUUCUAUGUAUUUCUUACGACAGAUACUGGUAAUCCUACAUCUCAUUAUGUAAAUAACUUAGUCUCUUCACUUGUCCCCCCUCUAUUUCCUUUCCUUUCCUUAUGGAUUGAUUCAUGUGUACAUGAUUUGUAACAUUGGGACUAAUAUGAAUACUGUUAAUUCUGUAUACAUCAUUGUCCUGAUCGUUAAAUCUCACAUUAUUCAUGUAGGGUUUUUUUGACAGUUUCCACUUUCUCUACCAAUCAAUCAUUAUAAUUCUGCUUUUAACUAUAACUAUACCUCUUACUCACAUUAUCAAUUUCUAUUCUAUUAUUGAUUUGUUUGUGCCAUAAUUACCUACUGCUUGUUCAUUUUUAUUCUGGUUCUGUACAUUUACUAUUGAUAAUCAUUAUCAUGAUGAUACUAUCGUUAAGAUGUAUCUUGUUAUUGCUUUCAUUGUUGUUACUACUGCCGCUAUUGCUGACGCCGCUGAUGCCAUCAUCAUGUUUGUUGUUUCUGUGAAGAGUUUUCAUUUACUUGGUACUUUCUUGAUAUUAAGCAUAUUCUAGCAAGUACUUUCACUAUUACUACUACUACAACCACUAAUUUAUCUUUUCAUUCAUUCUGUUACGUCAUACAUUAUUGAUUUAUGUUCAUUAUAUUUGCUUAUUUAUUGAUUUAUUGACUUAAUGUUAUGUUUUUCACAAAACAAACAAUCGAAUGUCAUUGAUGUUUUGUUUGUUGUGUAAUUUGGCAGUGUUUUUUUCUUUCUUUCUAUAAAUUUCAUUUCUUGAUGCUGGUCUCACUCACCGUGUGUGUGUGUGUGUGAAAAUUUGGUGAACUCGUUUGUUUGUUAAAACAAAUUGUUCGAUUUCAAAGAUUUAAACGGAUGUAUACCGGUUUUUUUGUUCGUUGUUGCUACUUGUCUGUUUGUUUUCAAAAAAGUAAAUUACAUAAAACAUCUAAAGU